UGGGCGGGGUCGUAGGGCGCGGCGGCAGCCAGCCGGGCCGCAUACAAUAGCAAGGCUGCGACUGGGGCCGAAGGCACCGCCGCACGGUGGGCGCUCCUUCCCGCCGCCCGCACCUUCCCGUCCCGCUGCAGCUCUAGGCUGCGCGGAGUCCUCUCCGCGAUCGCUGGCUUUUCGCAGUCGCCUGUGCCCCCUCAGAGCCCGCGCUCUCCACAGUCUGCCCCGAGAAGGCUCCUCUCAGCGAGCGCACCCCGCCCCUUCAUAGUCCCCGCGCGCCUCCCGCUCCCCGCGGCCCGCAGCGUCCAGCCCUCCAGACCCCGGGCCUGAAGGAACCCGGCGCGAGCGGUGAGAGGAGAACGAGGGGCGGCCGCUCGCUCACGCUCCCGUUCCCGCGCGCUCUCCGGGUUUGGCCGCCGCCAGGAGAAGGAGGAGGAGGAGGAGGAGUGGAAGCGAGCGCAGAAGUAGCUGCUGCUGCUGGUGGUGACAAUGUCCAAUAACGGCGUAGACAUCCAGGACAAACCUCCAGCCCCUCCGAUGAGAAACACCAGCACUAUGAUUGGAGCUGGCAGCAAAGACACUGGAACCCUAAACCACGGGUCCAAGCCUCUGCCUCCAAACCCAGAGGAGAAGAAAAAGAAGGACCGGUUUUACCGAUCCAUCUUGCCCGGAGAUAAAACAAAUAAAAAGAAGGAGAAGGAGCGACCAGAGAUUUCUCUUCCUUCAGAUUUUGAGCAUACAAUUCAUGUUGGUUUUGAUGCUGUCACAGGGGAAUUUACGGGGAUGCCAGAACAGUGGGCCCGCUUGCUUCAAACAUCAAAUAUCACAAAGUCAGAGCAGAAGAAAAACCCACAGGCUGUUCUGGAUGUUUUGGAAUUUUAUAACUCUAAGAAGACCUCCAAUAGCCAGAAGUACAUGAGUUUUACAGAUAAGUCAGCUGAAGAUUAUAAUUCUUCUAACACUUUGAAUGUGAAGACUGUGUCUGAGACCCCAGCAGUACCACCAGUGUCAGAAGAUGAAGAUGAUGAUGAUGAUGCUACCCCACCUCCAGUGAUUGCUCCACGCCCAGAACACACAAAAUCUGUGUAUACACGAUCUGUGAUUGAACCACUUCCUGUUACUCCAACUCGCGAUGUGGCUACAUCUCCUAUUUCUCCUACUGAGAAUAACACCACUCCGCCAGAUGCUUUGACCCGGAACACUGAAAAACAAAAGAAGAAGCCUAAAAUGUCUGAUGAGGAGAUCUUAGAGAAAUUACGGAGCAUAGUGAGUGUGGGUGAUCCUAAGAAGAAGUAUACACGGUUCGAGAAGAUUGGACAAGGUGCUUCAGGCACAGUGUAUACUGCAAUGGAUGUAGCCACAGGGCAGGAGGUGGCCAUUAAACAGAUGAAUCUUCAGCAGCAGCCGAAGAAAGAGCUGAUUAUUAAUGAAAUCCUAGUCAUGAGGGAAAACAAAAACCCAAAUAUUGUCAACUACCUGGACAGUUACCUUGUGGGAGAUGAGCUGUGGGUUGUCAUGGAAUACUUGGCUGGAGGCUCCUUGACAGAUGUGGUGACAGAAACUUGUAUGGAUGAAGGCCAGAUAGCAGCUGUGUGCCGAGAGUGUCUACAAGCUUUGGAAUUUCUACAUUCGAACCAAGUCAUUCACAGAGACAUCAAGAGUGACAAUAUUCUGCUGGGAAUGGAUGGCUCUGUCAAGUUAACUGACUUUGGGUUCUGUGCACAGAUAACUCCAGAGCAGAGCAAAAGGAGCACCAUGGUGGGAACUCCAUAUUGGAUGGCUCCUGAAGUUGUGACCCGCAAGGCCUAUGGACCCAAGGUUGACAUCUGGUCCCUGGGAAUCAUGGCAAUUGAAAUGAUUGAGGGGGAGCCCCCUUACCUCAAUGAAAACCCUUUGAGAGCCUUGUACCUCAUUGCUACCAAUGGGACGCCAGAGCUUCAGAACCCAGAGAAGUUGUCAGCUAUUUUCCGGGACUUUCUGAACCGCUGUCUUGAGAUGGAUGUGGAGAAGAGAGGUUCAGCUAAAGAGCUACUGCAGCAUCAGUUCCUGAAGAUUGCCAAGCCCCUCUCUAGCCUGACUCCUCUGAUUGCUGCAGCAAAAGAGGCAACCAAGAACAAUCACUGAAACCAUGCUUACCCCAGCCUCAUGUGCCAAGCCUUCUAUGAAAUAAACACUCGUUUCGGGAACUCCGACCCCUCAUGUCCUCUUCUCGUUUCCUUGCUUCUCCCAUUUCCUGAUCUAGUGCUCUCAAGACUUUGAUCCUUGGAAACUGUCUAGCACUGAAGAGAACUGCAACUGGAUGGGAUGACUAAUCCAGCAGAGGCCAUUUCUAAAUAGAAAUAGGAAUUCCUUUCCAGUUUGUGGGCAUGGAGGGGACUGAUGAGCAAGGGUUUACCUGAAUAAACCUGUUUCUACGAAACAGAAUCUCAGCCAUCCCAUUCCUUACCCCUCAUAAUCAGUUCUUAACUAUAUAAACUUAUGGUUUGAUAGCGUUAUCGAUUUGCGAUCAGUUGAAAUUUCUUUAGUUUUUUAUUUCUGUGACCAAAUUGCCCAAAUAUCUCAUUGUAUUUGAAAACCAUAACAGCUUUGAAAUGCCAUGGAGCCUGAUAAUCUGCCAGGGACAUGAAGAGGCUGUUUCCUGAACCAUGACCUUGGUGCAGCUGAUCCUGACAUGGGAGAACUACCAUGUUUUUCUUUGUGUGUGCUUCUAGCAGCUGUUUUGGAGAACCAUGACCCAGUAGUGUUCCCUGUGCUAUUUCUAGUGAAAUGGUCUUAGCUAUGUAGCAGCUUUUGAUUCCCUGCAUCCCCUAGGCUGCUGCCUGCAUUCUGUCCUUAUUUAUAGCACUGAGAAAUUUCCUAGAGCACAUGCUGAGUGAGAAGUGUGAGAAGUCGGAGGGAAAGUGCAGCUACUUUUAGCACAUGGCUGGCUUCAGCACCUGUCCAGCUAUACUUGUGUGAUAUUUCAAGAUCUCAGCCUCUGUUUUUACCUGGGACUCAGAUCUUCUGGUAGCUUAUCUAUUUCAGUUAAAAGAGAAGGUCUCCAAAUAUGAGAUAAUGUGCUACUAGUAAUAAGGGGACCCUGUUUUUAAGUGCAUGACCAAGCUCUCUGCAAGUGGACAUGCUUACUCUCUGCAAGUGACACGUACUGCAGAUGUUUGCUACCUCCUGCUCUCUUCAUGGUUUUGGUUCUCCUGCCGUGGUAGGAUGCUUGGCCAGCAUUGUGGCUUGUCAUGUCAGCCCCGUUGACUACCUUGUCAUGCUCAGAGGUCCUACUGCCUCAGCAGCACAAGUUUCUAUUUCCUUCAAUAAAAGGAGAUGAAAAUAUUCUA